AUGUCGCAAAUUGACUUGGAGAUUUCUAACAUUCUUAGUAGUAAUGGAAUUUGUACGAAAAUCUUCAAUAUCUCACCAAUAUCUGGAGGAUGUGUUAGUAGCGCCUUCAAAUUUUCAACCGACAAUGGCGAUUUUUUUGUUAAGACAAGUAAAACUCAAAAUUCUAAAAUGAUGUUUGAAGGUGAAGCAGAAUCAUUACGUGCUAUUGUAGCUGCUGUUCCAGGUUUCACUUCUCAACCAUUAUAUGUUGGAUCGUUACUCAGCGGAGGCGCGUUUCUUGUUACUACUUUCUUUCGGCUUAGCACGUCUCAUGCAAAAAAUGUACAAAUAUUACUUGGCCAAAAGCUUUCAACCCUUCAUAUGACAGAAUCUCCAAAUGGAUUAUUCGGAUUUCCCGUAGUAACGAUGUGUGGAACUACGGAACAAGAUAAUACUUGGGAAAAAGACUGGGAAACAUUUUAUAAGAAGCGAAGGUUGAGUCCGAUUAUAAACAAAUGUUUACAAAAUAACCCCUGGGAUACCGAAUUACGGAAACUAGGUGACAUUGUAAUUGAUAAAGUUGUUCAUCACUUACUUAAAGAUGUUGAAGUAAAGCCUGUUUUAAUCCAUGGUGACCUUUGGAGUGGAAAUUGGGGUAUCAAUUCGGUUACCAACGAACCAGUUAUUUUUGAUCCCGCAUCAUUUUAUGGUCAUAAUGAAAUGGAGCUGAGCAUCAUGACAAUGUUUGGUAGCCCGAGUCGUGACUUCUUCAACGAAUAUCAUACUCAUCAUCCACGACAAGAACCCGCAUUCAAACAACGGCAAGAUAAUGAUUCAAGCUAA